AUGGAUACAUUCCCAGAUGGAGUUUGUAAACUACUUCAUCUCAGGUAUUUAAGCAUGAGGGGAACAAGCUUGAAAGCCAUUCCAAAAUCUAUUAAAAAGCUUCGGAACCUAGAGACCUUGGAUCUAAGAUAUACUCUGGUAGAAGACUUAACGGUCGAAAUAGCAGGGCUUCAAAAACUUCGAUACCUUCAUCUGAAAUCAGUGAAUGGAUUAGGUUGUAAAGCCCCUACGUAUAUAGGAAAAUUGUCAUCUUUGCAAAAGCUUGGCACAAUUGAUGUGGACGAGAGCAAUGGCAACAUUAUACUGGGAGAAGUGGGGAAGCUUACCCAACUAAAGACUUUAUACAUUGCAAGGUUGAGAGGAGAAGACCGCAUGACCUUUGCUCUUCCCUUGCAAAACUGA